CAAAAAUAGCUCUAAGUGCCACACUUAAUUAACUGCUAAAGUAACUGCUGUGGGUUGCUAUGAAACUAGCAAAACAUUGUUAGAUCUGAGGCAGCAAUGACAUCAUAAUUAGACUAGUAGACGAGUGAAGUUCCAGAUGAGAAUUCCUGCUACUACUGGCAGUGAUGGCUUCAGGCAAAGACACUUGUCUGAUCUUACCUAAACUCACCAACAACUGUUCUGAUGAGAAUUCCUAUAAGCCUGCUAUUAAGUGUGAGAUUCAUUUGCCACGGUUUUCAUUAAAGCAAGGGAUGAUCCCAAGACGUUAUGUAAUGCCUUGGAAACAGAAUAUGGAAUUCAGGAAUGUGAAUCUGAAGCAUGCAGAAGCCUGUGGGAUCCAUGCCGGCCCUUUGGAAGACUCUCUGUUUUUGAAUCACAGUGAAAGGCUUUGCCAUGGGGAAGAUCGUAAAGUUGUCUUGAAGAAAGGCCCACCAGAAAUAAAAAUUGCAGAUAUACCUCUGCAUUCACCUCUCUCCAGGUACCAAAGCACUGUGAUUUCCCAUGGCUUCAGGAGGCGACUGGUCUGA